UUGUCUAGUACUAUUUAUCAUAUAGGUUUCAAGAAAUCAAUUCAAUCAAAAGUUUAAACUUGUAGUUGUGCCCCAAGAAAUUUUUUUAUAUAUAUUCUAACACGCCCCCAAAUAUUUAAGAAAAUUUAUUAUGAUUUUUAAUGACUAAAAAAACUUGUUCUUUUUUUUUUUUUUUGAGUGGCUCGCCACCUGAUCGAUGAAAUGCCCCAGAGGCGUUGAAUCACAAUUACAAUGGGGGUAUGAAUUGUUUAGGUCUUCCAUGGCUUUGAGAGGCGUGAGGAAUAGGCACUGGGGAUUGCCAGUUUUAUCAGUCAUCAGGCACAAAGGCUUUGUGAGAUUGAAUUCGGGUUCGAGCCACUGCUCUGAGGAAUCUAAGGGAGAAUCUCCUACUUCUGAAUGGUAUGGCCAUGCCUUCUCCAAGCUGUCAAGUUUGUCCAGCUUACUGAAGAAUGUGGAUUUGGUUAAUGGAAGGCUUGUCAAUGUCACCGAUAACUCGAGAGUUCAAGAUGACAUUUUGCUCGAAACCAUGACCCAUUUCAAGUCUCUAGCUAGAGACUUCAUUGGAGGUCCUUUGGUUCAAGACUCCAUGAGGAAGAAUAUGGUGAAGAUGGAUUUCGGGAGCAGCAAUCCAGGAGGCAACCGUCUUCCUUGCUUUAACAAAGCCAGCGAGAGGGAACCGAUGACUGUGAAUUCCCUUACAAAGGUUUCCAGUUUCUUGAAUGUUACUGCUCAACAGAGGAAGGUAGUCAGGGCAACGGUCUGCCCACGGGUAACCGAACAUCAGGUUUGGACGGGCGCGCUUGAAUUGAUACUGGGUGAACUGAAAUCCGAGAUAGAGCAUUUGGAAUCUAGGUUCCCAAGUAAAGAAGUAAAAAUGGGAAAGCAAAUAGUCGCGGGCUGUCUCAAGGUUUUGGGCAUUGCAGUUUCUUACAACCCGGAUUCCAGUUCGUGGAUGCGAGUUGCACCAGCAAAAGGCAAAGUUUCACCACCACCUACUCCUCACAAAUGGGAGGACAUUCUUGAAAUGGUCAUCGAUGUUGUCGACUGCUUGAGAGAAGUGACAGAGUUGUCGUUAGAGGUUAAGAAGGCAGAGGUCAUGAAAGAGGGUCUGUACCAGAUAAGGGAAAUCCGGAUAGACAAAAACAUUGGGUACAGGGAGAAUUGCCAUCAAGAAAGCCUGGUGAAGAAGAUAUUAACCAAGAGAUUGGGCCACUCGUCUCCGUGUUUAUUUACACUUCUCACGUACUAUCUCUACGGCAGCAUCAGAGAUAUUGAAGUGGAUGUUCGCGGCGGGGUUUGUGCCAUUGGUCGCGGGGAUAGGUUCCGCUUGUGCAUGGGAAAGAUAUUGACAUCAGAUGAAGAGGAGAUGGUAUGGAGAGGGGUGAAGCAGCUGGAUAGGGCCAUGGGGUUGUUUAAGUUCAUUUGGGAAACAGCAGGAAUGAAAGGAGAUCUUGUACUCCAAGGCCAUCUAUGGUGCAUUGGCACCCAUAGUAGAUCACUCACCUAUAGAGGGAAUACAUUCUGCUUGCACGUGAUCGAUCGUUAUCAUUAAGAUUUUCUUCUACGAAGAGCAUUCCAAGCGCUUUUGAGCUGUGGAUCUUUUAGAAAUAGUAUCUCCAUUUCUAAGUAGAGUAAGCCCGACACAUCGUAACAACACAAGAAAGACAUAUUCACUCCCAAGAAAUUUUUACCUUAAAC